AGGCGGGGCUCCUGGUCUUCCAGGAGCGCGCAUGCGCGGGCGGGUGGCCGCUGGCGGCCCGGGAGGUAUGGACUCCGAUGCUGAGCAGGUCUUUCCAUGUCAGCAGGCUCCUGCCCCGCCGCCGUCACCCAUAAGCUCCAAGGAGGAGCUUUACGACUGCCUGGACUACUACUACUUGCGUGAUUUCCAGGCCUGCGGGGCCGGGCGCAGCAAGGGCCGGACACGGCGCGAGCAGGCGCUGCGCACCAACCGGCCGGCGCCCGCUGGCCACGAGCGUAAGGUCCUGCAGAAGCUCCUCAAUGGCCAGCGCAAGCGCCGACAGCGCCAGCUGCAGCCCCGGCCGCGCACUCGCCUUGCCUGAGCCUAAGCCCGAACCUGGGAUACCCGGAGGACGUGUUCAAAGUAUUUGCUGUAACUCCAACUGUAACUCGGUUCUAAGGAGGAGAGAAUCCAUGUUCCGUCAACAACUUUUCACCUUUACUUAAGUUUACUGCUUCGAUAUCUUUUCCUUACUGAUUGAUUGUUAAUUAAGUAGUGUCCAAGUGGGUUAGCCUUUUUAGGGGUUAUUAAUAAAAGAGGGCAGCAAGAAUGGCA